CCUCUCCCUAUGGCUCGCACGAAGCAGACGGCCCGCAAGUCGACCGGCGGCAAGGCCCCGCGCAAGCAGCUGGCCACCAAGGCGGCCCGCAAGAGCGCGCCGGCCACGGGCGGCGUCAAGAAGCCGCACCGCUACCGGCCGGGCACGGUGGCGCUGCGCGAGAUCCGGCGCUACCAGAAGUCGACGGAGCUGCUGAUCCGCAAGCUGCCGUUCCAGCGGCUGGUGCGCGAGAUCGCGCAGGACUUCAAGACGGACCUGCGCUUCCAGAGCUCGGCCGUGAUGGCGCUGCAGGAGGCGUGCGAGGCCUACCUGGUGGGGCUCUUCGAGGACACCAACCUGGUGAGAUUCAGCAUGUCUGGUCGCGGGAAGGGCGGCAAAGGCCUUGGCAAAGGCGGCGCCAAGCGCCACCGCAAGGUGCUGCGCGACAACAUCCAGGGCAUCACCAAGCCCGCCAUCCGCCGCCUGGCGCGCCGCGGCGGCGUCAAGCGCAUCUCGGGCCUCAUCUACGAGGAGACCCGCGGCGUGCUCAAGGUCUUCCUGGAGAACGUCAUCCGCGACGCCGUCACCUACACGGAGCACGCCAAGCGCAAGACGGUCACGGCCAUGGACGUGGUCUACGCGCUCAAGCGCCAGGGCCGCACCCUCUACGGCUUCGGCGGCUAAAGCUGCUCCCUGCAACCCCAAACUAUCAACCAAAGGCCCUUUUCAGGGCCAACCA